AACAGAGUAAGAAGACGAUUGCUUUACGAUAACAAUUACUCGAAAACACAGAAUUCUUUACCAAGCCAGCUUAGUCCCUAAAGCCCUUUGCUUGCUCUCACCCGAUCAAACAAUCCAACUCGUUCAUAAACUUUUGCCUCAUGGAAGUUCCGUCUCUUUCUUCUCCAGUGAUUCUUCUCCUCCUUUUCAUCAGUGUUUGGCUUCCGAGAAAAUGUGGAGAACAGGCAAGGAAUUGUGAUUUUCAGCUUUUCAAGUUCAUAUAUUCCAUGCAUUGAUCGCUUGAGUUUAUGUCCUUGAAGAUGAAGCUGAUUUUUGGAGCUUUACUAUUGGCUUGCUUAUAUCAUCUUGUGUUAUCUAAUUUGCAAGGAGAUGCACUAUAUGAGUUGAAGCUCUCACUAGGUGCUCCAGUCAAUCAGUUGACAGAUUGGAACCCAAAUCAUGUUGACCCAUGCACUUGGUCAAAUGUUUACUGUGACAAUAAUGCUCAAGUCACUUCUAUAACAUUGUCUGGCAUGAACUUUUCUGGAACCUUGUCUCCUAAAGUAGGAAUUUUAAAGACUCUUACUACACUCGGUAAUGUGCCAAUUAUAAAACUUGGGCAUUUGUUUUCCCUUGAGCUAGCUCUUGGAAAUGAAACAUUGAAAGGAAAUGGCAUAACUGGUGCGAUACCCAAAGAGUUUGGAAAUUUGUCGAGUUUAUCCAGCUUAGAUUUGGGAAAUAAUCGUUUAAGUGGUGAGAUACCAUCUUCCCUUGGCGAUCUUAAAAGGCUUCAAUUUUUGACGUUGAGUCAAAACAACCUCACUGGAGCUAUCCCUGAAUCACUUUCUGGUCUCCAAAAUUUGAUUAAUAUUAUGCUCGAUUCAAAUCACCUCAAUGGUCAAAUUCCUGAACGACUGUUCCAAAUUCCCAAAUACAAGUAUGAACAAUGUUUCACUGGAAAUCGUUUAAAUUGCGGCAGAAACUUCCCUCAACUUUGUGAAUCUGAUAAUGGUGAUUCAGGUGCUUCAAAUAAGCCCAAGAUUGGUAUUAUUGUUGGAAUAGUUGGAGGAACUAUAAUUCUUCUCGUACUUGUGGGCCUUCUAUUUUUUGUUUGCAAGGGUAGACAGAAAGGUUACAAACGUGAAAUGUUUGUGGAUGUUGCAGGUGAAGUUGAUGGAAGAAUUACUUUUGGUCAAUUGAAAAGAUAUGCAUAUCGGGAAUUACAGCUGGCGACUGACAGCUUCAAUGAGAAAAAUGUUCUUGGACAAGGAGGUUUUGGAAAAGUUUAUAAAGGAGUGCUUCAAGAUAACACAAAAGUUGCUGUUAAACGAUUAACUGAUUUUGAAAGUCCAGGGGGAGAUGCAGCUUUCCAACGUGAAGUGGAGAUGAUAAGUGUGGCUGUUCACAGGAAUCUACUACGGCUGAUAGGCUUUUGCACUACACCAUCAGAACGGCUUUUGGUGUAUCCUUUUAUGCCAAAUUUAAGCGUGGCUUAUCGUCUAAGAGAUCGGAAACCUGAGGAGCCUGUUUUAGAUUGGGCUACAAGAAAAAGAGUGGCAUUAGGUGCAGCACGAGGACUGGAGUACCUUCAUGAACAUUGCAACCCUAAAAUUAUUCAUCGGGAUGUAAAGGCUGCUAAUGUGCUAUUAGAUGAAGAUUUUGAAGCAGUUGUUGGUGACUUUGGCCUGGCAAAGUUGGUGGAUGUGAGAACGACGAAUGUGACAACUCAAGUUCGUGGGACAAUGGGCCAUAUCGCUCCUGAGUACUUAUCAACUGGGAAGUCGUCUGAAAGGACAGAUGUUUUUGGUUAUGGAAUUAUGCUUCUAGAGCUUGUAACAGGUCAACGAGCAAUUGACUUUUCUCGACUGGAAGAGGAGGAUGAUGUCUUAUUGCUCGACCAUGUGAAGAAGCUCGAGAGGGAAAAAGGACUGGACGCUAUCGUAGAUCGCAACCUUAAUGAAAACUACGGCAUGCAGGAAGUGGAAAUGAUGAUCCAAGUUGCAUUACUCUGCACCCAAGCAUCACCAGAAGACCGGCCAGUAAUGUCGGAGGUUGUACGGAUGCUGGAAGGAGAGGGUCUGGCCGAGAGAUGGGAAGAAUGGCAACACGUGGAGGUUACACGCAGGCAAGAAUAUGAAAGAUUGCAAAGAAGAUUUGAGUGGGGAGAAGAUUCAUUAUAUCAACAAGUUGCUAUUGGGCUGUCUGGUGGGAGAUGAGGGUGUCAGAUUUCCACGUUCCUUUUGCCUGGAUCAGCUUUGAAUGUAGCUGGCAUGUAUUGAAAAAUAAAAGAAAAGAAAAGGAAAGAAAAUGCUCCAUAAUCUUACAAAUGAUUGCUUGCUCUUGUAAGAUCUUCUCUUCCUUUCCUUUUGUUUCAUUUGAAAUUUGCUCUUUUUUUUUU